AGGCGAAUCUACUACGAAUUCGCCUUGGUGUCGAAUAGUCUGUUUUGCAAAACAAUCAAUUUGUAAGGUUGGCGAAGUUGUGCGCCUGAAACGAUUUCUACUCUGGGAAACUUAAUGAUUUGGAAAAAUGGAGUACCACACCUGGUGCGUUUUAGCUAUAUUGUUCCUCAUCGGUUCCAAUCGAAAAGUUGUGCUCGGCACACACGAAGAAGACAGCUGGGUUGAACCGGACAUUUGGGGACGUGAACAACACCAAAAUAAUCAGCAUUAUGAAAAUAGUUUACAGAAUGCAGAAUCCACGUCAGAUUCCAAGUGCGAGAUGAAUAUUGGCAGCAGCCAGAGUGGAGAUGCCAUCGCAUUGAUGUAUUACAAGAGGCUCAUUGCGUACUUAUUCAAUAACGACUUCUUCAAGCACGAUGAAGUGAGUGGUAAAUACAUCCGCGCUCUUGUGCUCACCGCUCUGCCCGCUCAAUUAGAACAAUUGAAAAGUUUAGAUGAUCCACGCGACUUGGAUAAUGUUUUAUCAGAAAUCCUAACCCGAGCAAGAACGGCCACCAAAGACGAUAUAUAUAUGCUCUAUGACGAUGAUAAAAGCAGUAUGAACAUUUUAGGAACUAUUUGGCAUAUCGUCAAAUAUUUGGCGCAACUGUUGAAAGCGUCCGAGGUUCAAUUUUUGUUGGGGGCAGCUAGUGCGGUUUUGUUUGGUUGGUACUGCCAUCGGAAAUAUCAUAUCGGCAUUAUUGCAAUGAUUAUCGGCGCUGUGGUUUGUUUUGGUUAUUUCCAUACGUAUUUGGAAUGCAAUCGGAAGUUGGAAGCUGAACACUUAUUGGAAAUGCUUGCACGUCACGAACAGCUAAUGCCGUCGGAGCCUAGAUGGUACAGUCCGAUUAUCAACUUUUUUACUUCCAGCGAGCAAAGCAGAAAACAAGAGAAAAAGGAAUAUAUAAAAAAAGCAAGUCAACUGAAUUUAAACUUCUGCCGACCCGACCAUGUGUUCCUAAUGUAUGCCAAUGACUUGUUCCUAAAGCAGUUGGGAUUUCUUAUAGAUAAAAGUGCCGAAACAAUGGAAAUGCUACGAGACAAUUUAAGCUUCCCCUUUAACUACCUAGCCGCUGUGCUUUUGAUGUUUCUUAUUGCGUAUAUUCUAAAACUGACUUUCAAGUACAUACUCAGUCCACGCGCUUGGGCAGGCUUAAGGCAGCCAGGUGCAAUAGGGUCACAUGCACCGCAAUAUAGUGGCCUCCCUUCGAGCUCAGGUACGGCACAUCAUGAAGAUCGUAUUUCGGGUGAAAACUUAAGAAUGCUUUUGAAUGCCAUUAGCGGCGGCGCGACGUCGAAUCAAAUUACGAUCAGCAAUACAACUGCCACGGCGGCCUUGACGCAACCGCCAGACUUGGCUUCUGGGGUACAAGAGAUAUUAAAUUCACUAGAAAAUACCAGCAGUGCAGAUACAGGAUCAGAAUCUUCCUCGCCAGUUGUACCAGAGAAGUCAAAACAAAAUUCGCCACAGCAGCAAGUAGCUACGCUGGAUAACAAUAAUGAGCACGAUAAGCAGCUCGAUGUGUCUGCUGAUAGCGAUAAGUGUAAAGAGGUUCAAGUGGAGGAUGUAUUGGAUGAAGAAGCGUAACAAUUGUAAUGCUGUGCUUUUUAGUUAUGUUUGUGCUAAUAAUUUAUAUUUUUUACUUAUAUGAAAUUCGUUGUUAUUCCAUAGAGGCACUGUUUUACGAGGAGAAAAAAGAAACGCUUAUCAUGUGAAAGUUAUACAUUUAUAAGCCUUGUACGCUAUACCUCCAUAUCGAAUUAA